UCUUUUUGUAAUCGCGUCAACAGUAGCAAUUGGAAACGACCCAGUACUAUUAUACCCAAAAGGCACGGUGCUUCAGCUAAUAUUUGGCACUUCUGUCCCAAUUGACAUGAGCAAAAGAGGCGGUAUAGGAUUCUCAUCUGGAUUCCAAUUCAAUCAUGCCCUGCCAUGGAAUAUUUCUCAAUUCGAACCGAUGACGGUUUCAUCCAGACAAAGUCGAAAUUUGGAGCUAGAAGAUAUAUAUUCGACUUUGGAAAAUUUACUCGAAGAAAGUGGUUGGCCAAAUGGAAGAGAGUGCCUUCUACGUACAAUUUGUGAGCUAGCCGAGACCCCCUUAGCGAGGAGUAGUCAGGACAUAGUUGAGGAUAUUAUUCAUUUGCUUCUUACGCCCUCGGAAGAUUUACCGGAGACUGGUUAUUCGAGUCACCGGAGCAUUAGCAAAUUGUAUCAGGACGCUGAACGAUUAGGAAGGUCUGGUGGUAACUGUAUUCUAACUUAUCCGGAUUGCAUCGAAUCGCCCUUGGAAUCAUUUACCCAAAUCACAUUUCCCUAA